AUGUCAAUUUGUGAAUUGCAUCCAUUGCUGAAAGUCUUCCGGCCCAUGACUUUGAGGAAGGGUGGAGUCAAAGCAUGCUGGACCCCAAGACAAGAGUGUUCACCGGUUUACAUGUCUUUGGUGUUUGACGAGAAUCUGGCACAAGGCCAAGAUACUCCUGGCUGGUCCAAUGGUUGGUCCGGUUGCGCGUGGCUUCCUGGCGGGAAGGAUCCGGCACUCUGUAGACCCACCAUAAAUGCAAGUUGGCCAUCAACAGCAGGUUGGACCUGCGAAUACUAUCGGCAGCAGGGCCUAUGCGGCCAAAAGGAUGGUACAGUGAAAGAGAUCCGGCAAUCGGCCAGGGGCUCCCUGCACAUGUGGCCUGAGAAGAACUGCUGUGGCUGUGAAGCACAGGACGACACCACCUGCAAUCGGCAAACAGGAAAGGUUUGCGCCCUGACUUGCGGCUAUUCAAACGGGCCUGCCUAUUGUCACAACUUCUCUCGAUGCUUGUGCCUGCCGGGGCACUGCGCAUCGAGCGACGGCAUUUGCUCCCUGGAGACCAAGCAGGAUGUGGGCUCCAAAUCUUCAGUCCCCAUUUGCCGGGACACGCCCGAUUGGACCAAUGGUUGGUCAGCAUGUGCGUAUGAAGAGGGUGGCCGGAAUCCAGCCUGGUGCAGGUCAACCCCAGGAGCUUCGUGGCCCUCAACAUUAGGAUGGACAUGUGAGUACUACCGUGCCAAUGGGUUGUGCAAGGAGGGGAAGGUGAACAGCUGGGCAAGUGGCGAGCUGCACAACUACCCCGAGUACAACUGCUGCGGAUGCCACAAGCCAUCGAACACCACCUGCAACAGGAAUACAGGAGGCAUUUGUUUCAUGGGAGUUUGCGACAAAUCCCGAGGGCCGACAGUCUGUGUCGAUGGGAAAUGUCUUUGCCAAGAAGGGCACUGUGGCACAACAACUGGCACCUGCUCUUUAACGGUUGACUCAUACAAUGAGCCCCUGACCCCGGAAGGCGUCAAGGAGGCCACAGGCGAAGCCACGCAUGCUGGGAUCUCCGCGGCCGAAGCGGCGGAAUCGGCUGGGAAGAACGCUGCGCAGGACGUGCAAGCAGCUGCCAAGGCAGCAGGUCAAGCUGCUCUUCGUUCUGGAUUGUCUGCUGAGAAUGCAGCAGAGGUGCGAAAUGGUUAUACGCAGGAUCCCGUUUGUGUCAAGCGGAAUUGCGUGAACCCCCUGGUGCCCGGCUUGGAAGAGUUUGGCCACAAUGUUCUGGAAGAGUAUCAAGGCAAGCCGUGGAGAUGCUUAGAGCAUGUGAAAGAGGAGGGCUUUGUGUCCAGCCGUGGUAACCUGAGCUUGCAGGCUGGAUUUUGUCAAAGGGUUGUGUCUUCGUAUCCCUUCGCGAUUCCAGACUUGCAGGGCAGAGAUCGUGAUAGCAUCAUCAAAGACCAGACGCAAAGAGCGGUCACCAGCUAUGUGGCACACCUGAGAGGGCUUGGCCGAGACUUUUGGGAUUACGAGAAGCCGUGGGAAGCCGACACCUGCACCCAACUUGUGUGGAAGAUGGUUUGCUACACACACUUCCCUCGAUGCAACCAGGAGUCUCAGGAGUCUUAUUUGAGGCCUUGUGCAAAUGCAUGCCAAGGCUAUUUGGAUGCCUGUGAAGUCAAUUGUUGA